AUGGUCGCAAAGAUUAAAAAGCGAUGGGUGGUCGAGGAGACGUUCAUGAAGAUCUCUAUGUGGCCGUUUGCUCUGGUGACUGUCGCACUGCCUGCGAUAUCUCUGGCUGUUUGUUUCAUUACGGCGUAUUUAUUUCGAUUUGAUGAAGUCAAUGAGACAAUGUGUAAUGUGAGAAACUUUGUUCCUUCAAUAAGUGCAGUAACGGGAAUCACACCCCAGGCAUAUCUCUGGCGGACGUGCAUCGCUCUACACUCAGCGCCACGAUUUGCUCUAAGUUUAAUCCAUUAUAAUUAUUACGUCAGCAGGAUACUGUACGUCCAGCCUCAUAGACAGUCCAUAUACAAGUUCCUUAUCAAAACUAACUUCUGGAUAAACUUCAUCGAGAACUCAUGUUUAGUCCUGGUGGCGUAUAUCACCAAUCGGGAGAAUUAUCCCGUACAUGAGAAGAUUUUUAUCGUAUUUAUGGUGACCUCUGUGUGUUAUAUGUUACUUAACACCAUUCUCUUUAAUUGGAGCAGAAAUGGUGUCUUCACAGAAACCGAGAAAGUGUCUUACUGGUGGAAGAAAGCCAUGUUUGUUUCCAUAUCCAUCGCCACGGCCGGCCUUCUCUUCUUUUUUUAUCUACAUCGGAUUCACUGUGUUGUUGGAGCCUUCAGCAUGUUCUCCGUCUGUGAGUACGUGAUCGGCUACACCAACAUGGCCUACAACUUCACAGCCUACCUGGAUUUCAAGCACCAUUCGUUUCUGUUUGCCGCACAGGCCGGGGAAAGCCACAUCACCAACGGGGUUCUGGUUACAAAUAACAACAUAAAGAAGACCAAACAUCACUGA